AUGUUCCGCCAGAUCAUCGGUCAGGCCAAGAAGCAUCCUAGCUUGAUCCCCCUCUUCAUAUUUAUUGGAGCAGCACUGUAUGUCACGUGCCUGGCAUUGUUCAAUCCUGAUGUCAGUUGGGACAGAAAGAAUAACCCAGAACCCUGGAACAAGCUAGGUCCUAAUGAUCAGUACAAGUUCUACUCUGUGAAUGUAGAUUACAGCAAACUGAAGAAAGAAGGUCCAGACUUCUAAAUGAAAUAUUUCACUUAAAGCUGCUUAGAAUGAAGGUCUUUCAGAAGCCAUCCGCACAAUUUUCCACCUAACCAGGAAAUAUUUCCCCUCUAAGUGCAUGGAAUCAUGGUCUUCCAGA